AUGCGAGUGAUGGGCAUCAUCCCCACCGAACUAGACAAGAAGGAGGAGGUAGAUUAUGACGGCAACCAGAACAAACACCUGCUGUUUGAGAAGAAGCGGCGCACAUUGAUCGGGCAUGUGUCGAUGCUGGCGGCAAGAGGACCACAGGGUGGCGACGGCCACGAACUUGGAAGGUCGGCAGGUGAUUUGAACGCUUCUUUUCUGGAGGAAGUCUUGCGCAAGGAGAAAGAGAGCAUGGAGGUCAUGGCACGAAUGGCGAAGAAAGACAUUCAGAAGACCGUCAUAAAGGAGCUCGAGAGUCGACUGGAGUUCGAAAAGGGGAAAAAGAAGCAGGAG